UGUGUGUGUGUGUGUUAUGUUUCAGUGAGUGUUGCCUGUGUGAUUGUGCUGGCAAAUGGCUUCUGUUGACACUGUUGACACAUGAUGAAGUGAGAAAAAAAAUGCUUUGCACAUUUAACUUCCUUUUUUUUUUUAAUGAUGGCUUCCACUGUUUUGAUUUCUAAUGAUGUGUUUGUGUGUUGCUCAACAGGGUCGGAUAUUGUGAAGUCCCAGUACAAGCACAGGCCAACGAUGGACUAUAGCCGCACAGACGCCAACCUGGGUUUCUCUGCAAAACUGUCAUCUUAAAACGAGACCCAGUUCGCAGAAUGCUGAGUCCUAUUGUCCCCUAUAGCCUAUUGAAGAUGCACUGGAAUCCGGAGCAUGCCCAGUCCCUCAGCCAGUGGCCGGAGCAGCACUUGGACGUGUCCUCCACGACCUCCUCCCCCGCCCACAAGUCGGAGCUCUACCCCGGACGCGGCCACGGACGCGGCGGCGCCUACAGCUACGCCUGGGCCAACGACGACAUCUCGGCGCUCACCGCCUCCAGCCUGCUCAAGCGAUAUGCCGAGAAGUACUCGGGCAUGCUGGACUCGCCGUACGAUCGGCCCACCGUGGGGGGGUACCCGGACCCGGCCGCCGCCUUCGGUAGCCUGAACGGCCCGAAGAGCGAGCUGGAGCCCUGGCCGCUGACGCACACCUCCGAAGGCUCCUACCCUCAUGACGGCCUGGGGGGCCCCAAGGUGGGGACGCCGUCCUCGGUGGGGCCCCCUGGAGGCUCCUCGGUCAACAGCAACCUGUCAGACUCGGCCUACAGCGGCAGCAGCUCCUGCAGUGGCCCGCACUCAAGCGAAUACCCGCCCACCUAUAACGGCACCUACCUCUCGUCCGGCUACUGCCCGCAGCCCAACUCCGCACUGCCCCCCUCAGCCUCCCUGCAUAGCCUGCAGUCCACGCCCACGCUGGUGCCCAGCUACGCACCCUCCACGCCCGUCUACAACUACUCCCCCAGCACCUACCCCCACCAGACCGGCCUGGCCCCCAGCUACAGCCACCCCGGCUCUCCGUACCUGCCGUCUGGCCUGGCGGCCCCAACCCCGCUCCCCUCGCGCCCCACUGUGGUGGGGGGCAGCUACAGCUACCAGACCCCUGGGCUGGGGGGGGGGUCUGAGUCGGGCGGGGGCUCUCUGAAGAGGAAGGCGUUUGAGAUGAGCCUGGAUGAGGAGGACGGUGGCGACGGCGCCACGCGCUACAGGAAGUACGGCUACGACCCCAUGAAGCCCGCCGACGACUCGCCGUACGGCAGCGACCCCCAGCAGCAGCAGCAGCAGAGUUUCAAGCCCAGCAAGUCAGGAGGGGAGGACGUGGGCAAGUACAAGCCCCUGGUGUCCCCCCAGUACGGCACCUCGGGGGGCGACUACAGCCCCCCGGCGGCCAUGACCGGUGAGAAUGGCGGAGGCAGCGGCGGCGAGCAGGGCUUCUCUCAGCACCGGUCCGGCUCCCUAAAGCGCCCCGGGACCUGCCCCCAGCCCGGGGAGUCUCUGAAGGGUGCGGACCCCCACGUGCUGGAGCUGGUGACGGGCGAGCUGCAGGACUGCGGCCCAGCGCUGCUGUGGGGCGAGCUGGCCGGACACACGCACCUGAAAGCGGCGCUGGAGGAGGAGCUGCUGUGGCCGGCGCUGCGGCCCAACCCGGGGGGCCUGCGCCCGCCCCGGACCGUGCUGCUAUUCGGCCCGCGGGCCGGCGGCAAGACCACGCUGGCGCGCUCGCUGGCCUCGCAGCUGGGAGCCACCCUCUACCGGCUCAGCGGCGCCGCCCUGCUGAGCAAGUGGAAGAGCGACGCCGAGCAGGUGCUGGCCACGCUGCUGGCGGUGGCGUCGGCGCGCGCGCCCUCGCUGCUCUACAUCAGCGAGCUGGAGGCGCUGGAGGAGGCGGACGGCGGCGUGCGGCAGCAGCUGCUGCUGGCGCUGGAGAAGGCGCAGCACGGGCCGGGCCCGGCGCAGCUGUUCCUGGUCUGCUCCACGCGCCGGCCCGACCUGCUCAAAGAGCCGCUGCUGCGCUGCUUCGCCAAGCGCUACCACGUGGGGCUGCCGGACGCGCCGGCGCGCCGCCAGGUGCUGCUGCAGACGCUGGCCGUGCAAGGCUGCGACCUUAGCGAGCGCGAGCUGGCCGCGGUGCUGCAGCGCUCCGAGGGCUUCACCGUCUGCCAGCUGCUGCAGCUGUGCCAGCAGGCCGUGGCGUCCGCCAACACCGCCCCGGGGGGCUCCGCCGGGGGCCUGCACAGCCUCGGCGCGCCCCUCGCCGCCCCCGCCUUCAAAGACUUUGAAAACGCCUUCUGCAAGGUACGCCCACACAGCAGCCCCAAAGAACUGGACACUUGUAUGGAGUGGAGCAAGGUGUACAGCCAUUGAGAAAAAGAGAGAGAGAGAGAGAGAGAGAGAGAGACUCAGCGGGAGAGAGAGAGAGAGAGAGAGACCAGUCAGCCACUGUUUGUUAGCUGGGGGAGGACUGCUAAUCCUAUCUUCUCUUUGCGCUUUAAUGUGCAAAGCCUUGCAGAUUUUUUUUUUUAACUACUUAAUGACAGCCAAAAGAAUGGGGUUAAGAUGGGAGAUUUACGUUGGGUGAGGAGACAUUUGGAUGAUUUGAUUGCGGGAGACAUGAUUUUCCUCCCUUAUGAAUAUACAUAUACUUUAUUUGUUCCCAAAGAAAAAACAAAACAACAUAUUAGGCCUUUUUCUUGGAUAGGGCAAUUUGAGUGGUUUUGGCGACUGACAUGAUAGGUGGUCUGAAUUCUUUACGUCGGGUAUUCACACGAAGUCCGAUUAGCCUCGUUCCUGGACUAAACCUGGAGAUUUAGCCCUUAGAUUACGGAUAAUCAAAUUUAAGAGGAAAAAAAAAAUCCCCACCGAUCGCAACUCUCAGGAUCCUAUUUAUUGCCAGGCCACUCCAGUGACAGUGCAUUUUUUUUUUUAUGUCGUUUUACUUUAAUUGAUCAUUUGGUAUUAAAAGGGCUUAGGAUAUAUUAGAGCAACUUUAUUGUUUUAUCGACCAAAAAAAAAUGAUCAAGAGUAGCGCACAAGGUCAAGAGUACCACAGUGUGUCGCACCUGCCCUUGUUGCAGUAUCUCAAGAUUACACCACUACUUUCCUGUGCGCUUGUCUGACACACACAAACCAUAGAGCGAAACCGUAUUCUACUGAAGCGAGCAAACAUCAGACACUGUAAACCCAUCUGAGAACGCGAUCGAUCAUGUGUGCACUUUUGAUUGUUUUCCAUAGCACGGUCACGUGUGAGUAUAUCUGUCGCACUGACGUUCAGCAACUCAACGCAGCAACUUAACGCAGACCCACCGGACAGCACUGCUGAGCUCAGCCGCGGCAUCUUGUAGAAUGCAGCACAAUGCACACACAUAUACACACACACACACACACACACACAC